AUGUACUCUUCUCUGAUCUACUGGAUUUUUGGAACGGGAGACAUUUUCUAUUUCCAAGAUCCAGCCAUUCAAGACAACACUCCAGUUGUUGAACUCAAGGAGUCAAUAAUCCGACAACGUGGCAUAGAAACCACUAUAAACGACAAUGGUCAACUCUUUUUUGUCGAUGUGCCAGUGGAAAAUCCUCUUGACUCUGACGCUCUCUUUACUCGACUCAACGACGAAAAUCUCCUGAAGAGCCGGGAACCGCCGAUCGAUAUCGCCAGGCUUCGAGAUCUGUUCAAGGAGAGUUCGCCUAAUAGAAAUGUCCACUUCAUCUACAUCCCUCCGAAGUUGCAUUCCAGAAGAAGGAAGCGUCCCAAUUCCGUGUCAGUGUCAGAUAUCCCGCCUGAACGAGACCUCAAGAAGAUGCGAGCUUACUCCGAUACACCAUCCCUUCUUGCAACACCAUCUCGUUAUCAGGCCGCUCAGUGCAUCCCGACCACUCGCCUAAUUUUCGACGACCGCCCCAAGCCAGACUACAACGUCGCUCCAAUAGCUUUGCUCUACCCCCCUUACGGAGAUUUUCUUGACGCCUGCGCCAAACCUAAAGAAUUCGAAGCUAUUGACUUGAUCGCUAUGAUGCGGGAAGUUGACGCCCUUGUAGUCAUAGCGGCGGGCUUCCACAAGGACGAGGACGAAAGGAACAAUCAGUUUAUAGAUGCUCUCAAUCGCAUUCUUCAGUGCUAUCACGAUCGUAGCGACCAGCUCGCACCUAUGUCCUGUGCCAUCAUCGCGCAGAAGCGUACUACCGAUGGGUACACCUCGGACCCUAUAGCAGACAGAUCCUUGGAGGUCAAGUGCAACACUGGAAGCGCGACCUCGAACGCUGAAGUACAGGUCGCGUUGCAUGUUCACAAUAUCAACGCAUCUGCUCAAGAACGGUGUCCAAAAUUAUUUGAACGUUAUCGGGUGCCUACCCUGGCUAUGACCCUCAAUGGCACCUCUUUGCAGUUCUUCGCCAUGGUGCAGCUGAACAAGAUGCCUCGUCAAGUUGCGCUGACGCCUUCAUUUCGAUUGGUCCAAUGUCCUGGGGAUGGAGGUGGAUACGCCUGCGGUCGAGCCGACUCUCCAUUAUAUCGAGCGUUUGCCGCGGCUCUCGUGCUUUGCAAGAGAAUAGCUAAGGAUAUGAAAGAUUGGAUGAAUGCCGCUGACUCAGAUACGAACUCGGAUGACGCUCCCUUUAUUCCUAUCCAAAAUUACACUUUACCAACGAUUUCUCAGAUUGGAGAUGUCCGCUUCCAAAUCGAAUCUAAACUCGGUCUCAACCACGGCCCAUCUUAUGUCUACCUUGCCCGAACGGAACAAGGCAGAUAUGUCGUGGUGAAGUUCUCAAGCAAUACUGCCGGGAUCUUCACGAUUUUUGUGCGGAGAAGGGGAUGGCUCCCAAGCUCCUUGGUUAUGAGAAUUUACCUGGAGGGUGGAUUGGGGUUGUGA